UACUACCAGGGGCUUCCUGAGGAUGUGCUCGGAAAAGAUUCGUCUUUGUUGCAGCGUCUGCGCAUACGCGGAACUUAAGGGCAAGGGAGCACAGACAGUUUUAACCGCCAUUAAACAAUAGAAGAAGAAGAAGUAGUAAGUUUUAUAUUGCUCGUAACGUUAGUUGCGGUGGGAAGGAGUUCAUUUCUAGGUGCUUUUGGAAGAAUAAAAGUCACACAGACACAGCAGCAUACCAGAAACGGACGUAGGCAACUUACAGACAAGUUAAUCAAGCUGUGUUGGCUGAUGUUGACAUAGCCCAGGCAGCGAGAAUAAACUACUGGUUCUGCUCCAGUCAUGCCCUCCUUGUGGUGGGAGUCCCCGGUGGUCACAAAUGGUACCUCUCCCUCUGGUCCCAAGGACAACAGCAGCUGCUUUGGCUCCAUACACAGCACCGUACUUAAUGCAGAUAAUUUUGGAGGAGUGCCAGAUGUGCUACUGCUUGAUUUCAUUGUUUUUCUGGUGUUGCUGUUUAUCUUCUGUCUUAUCAGGAGGAGGUUCUGGGACUAUGGGCGUCUAGCACUGGUCGCAGACAGUCAAAAGUGCACUAGGUCAUCACGCCCUCGCUAUCAACGCAUGUCAUCCUCUGUGUCGAGUGCAGAUGAUCAUGAGUAUGAAAUGGGAUGUUGCUCUUGGUGCUCUUGGCUGCCUUUCAUCAUCAGAAUGGAUGAUGAAAAGAUGGAAGCCAGGUGUGGCGUGGACGCUGUUCACUACUUGUCCUUUCAGCGUCAUCUGAUCAUCUUGCUACUUGUCAUCACUAUCGCCUCGCUCUCAGUCAUACUGCCUGUCAACAUGACUGGAGACCUGCUGGAUAAUAAUCCAAUGAAUUUUGGAAGGACAACUAUUGGGAAUCUUCAAAAGGGAGACUACCUGUUGUGGCUGCACACAGUGUUUGCAGUUUUGUACCUGAUCCUGACAAUUAUCGUGCUGCGAUGUUAUACAUCUAAAAUGAAAGGCAUGCGCAAAGAGAUGAGCAGAAACACCUUGUUAGUGUGUUCAGUCCCUAAAACAGCAACAGAGGAGGAUAUAAAGACCCAUUUUACUGACGCGUAUCCUGAUUUUCAAGUGUGUGCUGUAGCCCUGGGCUAUGACGUGGCCAAGCUCAUGAGUCUUGAUAAGCAAAGGAUUCGAGCUGGAAAAAACCUGCACUACUAUGAGUGUGUCCUGGAGAAAACAGGGAAACUUGAGUUCGUUAACCCUCAUUUGUGUGGUCACCUCUGUUGCUGUGGAAAAAAGUUUGAUGCCAUACAGUACUACCGUACUAAAGAGAGAGACCUGCUGGGAGAGAUGAGAGAGCAGGUAGAGCUGGUGCCACAGCGCCCCCUGGGAAUCGCCUUUGUCACCAUGAAGUCUGAGGCUAUGGCCAAGUGCAUUCUGAAAGACUUCAAUGCACUUGAGUGUGGUGGCACAUGCUGCUGUUGUGGGAAGGAGCCGCAGCCUUCAUCCAAUAGUGGAGCUCUGAAAGUGAACAAGUGGAGAGUCAGCUUUGCACCCCAUCCUAAAAAUGUGUAUUGGGCCAAUCUCUCAGUGCGGGGUCUUCCCUGGUUUGCGCGCUGUGUGAUGCUCAACUUCUUUGUUGUCUUGCUGCUCACCUUCCUCACAACUCCCACCAUUAUUAUCAGCACCAUGGACAUGUUUAAUGUGACUAAGCCCAUUGGGGCUCUUAACAGCCCCAUUAUCAGUCAGUUCUUUCCCACUCUCCUGCUGUGGUCCUUCUCUGCAUUGCUGCCUACCAUUGUGUACUAUUCAACAUUAGGAGAGGCACAUUGGCACAGGUCCAGUGAGCAGCUGAGCAUGAUGCGUAAGCUCUACUUCUUCCUGCUCUUCAUGAUACUUAUCCUCCCGUCGCUAGGACUCACCAGUCUUGCAGUGUUUUUCCGCUGGCUGUUUGACAAAAAGUUUUUGUCAGAUGGGAAACUGAGGUUUGAGUGUGUGUUUUUACCUCACCAAGGAGCGUUUUUUGUCAACUACGUGAUCACAGCAAGCCUGGUGGGCUCUGGGAUGGAGUUAUUGCGGUUGCCAGGGUUACUGCUUUACACCAUUCGGAUGGCGUUUGCAGGCUCUGCUGCCGAAAGGAAAUAUGUCAAACAGAACCAGGCCUAUGAAUUUGAAUAUGGAGCUGUGUAUGGAUGGACCCUCUGUGUGUUCACUGUCAUUAUGGCUUACAGCAUCAUUUGUCCUAUUAUUGUGCCUUUUGGUUUUGUGUACAUGCUACUGAAGCACAUGGUGGACAAACACAACCUGUACUUUGCCUACUUGCCGACUCGCCUAGACCGCCAGGUCCACCUGGAAGCUGUCAAUCAAGCUCUAGCUGCACCCAUUAUCUGCCUAAUAUGGCUUUACUUCUUCUCUGUCCUCAGAACAGGUUUCUGGACUGCCACAUCUCUUUUCACCCUGGUGAUCCUUUGUAUCACCAUCUUCAUCUCUGUCAGCUACACCUGCUUCGGCCAUUUCAAGUACCUCAGUCCAGACAACUAUGCGGUGAAAGAGGAGGAUAAGGAUCCAGCAGAGGGAGUAGAAGAAAACACCAUGGUCUACGUUCCCAGAGUGCUUAAUCCCAAAUCACCUGCCAACGCCACUCAGGGGUCUGAAUCGGCAGUUCAGCAGUCGUACGGCUCUACACAGGACUGUCCAGCCUCUAGCUUUAGCCCAAUGGAUGAAAGCAUGUCAGAUGGCUGAAUCAGUGUAUUUCAGCACAGAGUCAAAGGUUUGGAGUCAGGAUUCCCUCGACACUUGUAAAUCUGCGUCUUUUACAACAGCAUAAGUACUGAGGUCAAAGUUUGCAUUCAGGCCUAUCCCACUGAGAGAAAAUCUCCAGAUGCUACAAGAAAAAAAUGCAGCGGGUUCAAAAGACCAACACUGUGCAGUUUUACACUAGUCCAACUUCCUUAUCGUAGGAGAGAUGAGUUUAAAGUCUCAGUGAGGACAGUUUGUUAAACCUAAAUGCUUUCUACGGGAAAGAAGGUCAGUAGGAAUUUAUCUGAUAUUUGGAUCACUUGACCAGCAUAGUACACAUGUUGUAAAACAUGCCAAGUCUUGACUUUUAUUCAUAAAGCACAGUUAUAUGUUUUUUUGUUUUGUUUCAGAGGCCUUCUGAUAAGGACCAAGUCAUCAAGCAAUGUUUAGCCAAAGUGUGCCAUUUUAAUCACAUCAUGAUGUUACCAGAAGAAUAAUGAAUUUCAGUUCUUGCACACGUUGGUGCUAAAUAUGCAGUGAAGGUAAUUGUGUAGCAAGUCAAUCAGUCCAGCUCCGCUGAUGCCAGAGAGCUGCACUGAUCAAGUUGAUCAGUGCAGCUUUGCUGACGCCAGAGAAGUGGACAGACAGGGCUUCCUGCUAUCCAGAUGUUGCCUUAACUUUUCUUCAGUGCCUUUUGUUUCCAGCAAACGGCUGCCAAGGGACUAACUGUCAAAUGUUAAUAAUUCACUUGUUGAAUUAAGAGGGCCCUGUUUUGUGUUUUCUAAGAAGAAGUUAAUGUUUCUACUUUUGUAUUUAAACCACAGAACAAACAUUUAUUCCAAUACUGCUGGAGUUUUGUAGCCAAAAACUUUCUUGUUUAGUUCAUACAUUUCAAUGGUUAUAUUUGUUUUCUUAGGAUUGUUUGUUUUUUUUUUUGUUUUUUUUUAAGGUAAGAAAAUGAGGCUGUACCAGGAAUGAAGGGAUGUUUUAAACAGGUCAAUGUUUAUUUGUCUUUAAUUAUGUUUUUGCAGCUUUUCUUAAAAAUGUGCAUUUUAACAAUUCAAUCCUAAAUGUAAACCUGUAAAUGUUCAGUGGUUGAUUAAGCAGAAAAUUGAACAGAAAAUCAGCCUUAA